GUCACCCCUCAUCUAAGCGGUCUCGCCACCAGUAUCGCCAAGCAGGCGCAGCGCAUCGGGCAGCAGGAGGACAACAAGGACAUUAUCACACCGUUUGCAUUGGCCGCUCAUUCAGAAGGCCUAUCUUUUCGAGGUGGCAAACUCGAUGACACCACAGUCGUCGUUGGAUUAGUUUGUGGUGAUCUCCCAAACGGUGAAGGCAAGGAAGCGGAGCUCCUGCAUAACUUUCGCUGA